AUGAGUGACGAAUUUUCCCUCUUCACCUCAAUGAGGUACGAUCCAAAGCUUCAAAAGCUUCGACAACAUGGGCUCAAUGGCGAAGGCUGGAACUUUGAAAAUGAGUCGCCGCUCUAUAUGCUCGACUUUCAUCGUGAUCGUCUACUCAGGGCAGCAACACAUUGGAACUGGCAUCCAGCCAUUGAUCGACUGUCAGGUGUCAGUGGACUUCAGUGCCUUGCUCAGUUGAUAGACGAGGCCGUUGGGUCACCUCCAGGGACCGCUCUGCGACUGAGAAUUGUGGUGUCUCGUGAAGGGGACAUCAGGGUCGAGAAGUUCAACGUUCCCGAGGCACCCUUGGAAAACUUGUUACCACGCCGACUGCCCGCCCCGUCCUCAAGUUCGUCGGCAGACGAACCGAGAAAAUCCCCCAACUAUGCUCUCCUCGUAGAUCAGGCCUCAACCUCAAGGUCCGAGUAUACCCAUUUCAAGACCACGAAAAGGGCCAUGUACGACGCUGCCAGUCAAAGAGCUGGCAUUUCUCCAGCAGAUCUCGCAGAAGUACUCGUCAUUAAUCAAGAUGACGGGUCUGUGAUGGAAGGGACUAGGACUACUCCUUACUUCUGGAGGGAUGGUCGUUGGGUUACACCUCCCAUCUCGUCCAAGUUUAGCUGGGAUGAAGGUAGUGGUGGCCAAGAUGGAACCUCGAGGCGUUGGGCAUUAGAGAGAGGAUUGGCAGUUGAGAAGGCAGUGAAUGUCAAAUCUCUUACCGACGGCGAAGAAUGCUGGCUCAGCAACGGCGUCAGAGGCUUCAUGUCCGCAACUAUCAGCCUACGAGAAAGAGAAUAG